AUGUCUAGUUUAUUUAAAGAAGUACCUUUAAAAUAAGUGAUUGCUGAAAAAAUUUAAGUAAGAGUGUUAUUAAAAUAGAAAAUUCAAAGGCUAGUUACUAUGUUAAAAGAUAUAUAAUAAGAAGAAGAAGAGGUAUUAAAAUAGUUCAAUAAAAUGACAAAGGAUGCAAAGUCAAUAGAGGAAUUUUAUGAUAUAAUGGAAAUGAUUAAUUAUGAAAUGUGCAUUAGAAAUUACGAUAAAUUGGAGAUAAUGGAUGAAAUAAAUCGUCAAGAAGAAUAGCUGUAAUUUUUUGAAUUUAAUAACAGGUUAUCAAAAUAAGCAAGUCUAGAAAAAUAAUUGAAAGAAGCAUUAAGAGAAUUAGAAACAUCAUAAAAAUUUUAGUAGACUAGAUCAUUACGAUAAACUGGAAGAUAUCUAUAAUUUAAAGAUAAUAAUCACAACCUUAAUAUUGAGGAUUAAAAUAUUUAAUCUAAUAUUAUUACUAGUUAUGAUUUCGAGGAGUAAUCAAGAUUGAAUGAUAAAAUUUAGGAAAAUAUAUUUAAUGAUCCAAUUAAAUAUAACAAUUAAGAAGGUAUUGAUGAGACAUAAGUAUAUGAUUGGAUUUUAGAUAUUGAUUUGAUUAAUAAUGUUUAAUAAGGUUGGCCUGUUUAUAUAAGCAAAUAAUUUUAAGCAAAUAAAGAAUUAAUUGGAUUGGCAAAUAGUAACAAUGAAUCAAAAGCUUCAAUAAAAUGGGAAGGUGCAACAGUAGCUGUUGUUGGGUUAUAUGAUAAAGGAAAGACAUUUGUUUUAAACAAUUUAACUUAAUCUAAUUUACCAUCUGGAAAAAAAGUGACUACUAAAGGUAUCUCUUUCAAGCAUGUUGAUGUCGAUUCUGGAACUUAACUAAUAUUAGUUGAUACUGCAGGAAGUUACUCUCCUGUGAAAAUUUAAUCUGCUUUAAGUAUAGUAGAAAAAGAAGCAACAGAACAUUUUAUAAUAGAUCUUGUAUUUGAAUUGAGUGACUAUUUUAUUUGUGUUGUAAAUGACUUUACAUCUUUAGAUCAAAGAUAUUUAGAUAGAUUAUCUAGAUAGAUACAGAACAGUUCAAAGACUUUUCGGGAAAUUAUCGUUGUUCAUAAUUUGAAGGAAAUUGAAACUCCUGAAAUUUUAUAACAUGUUUGGACAACAUAAGUGACUUAAAUCUAUUCAACUGGAGGAUCUAUUUAAAGAACUAAAGUAGCUGCCUCUAAUCCAAGAAAAAAUGAACUAUAAGAAAAACAUGUGUUAUGGUUCAAAACUCAAUAUACAAGACAUGUUUGUUUAGUGAGUGAUGAUAGUUAAUUAGGAUUGGAUGUAAAUCCAUGGGUAUUUUCCUUAUUAAAAUAUUGGCUAAAAGCAGUUUUUGUACCUGUUAACAGAUAAUUUUCUGUUUGUGAAAAUAUUUUGUAAUAUGCAACCAGUAAACUGACUUAGUAUUUUAAAAGGGAAAUAAAUGUAAAAUUGAUAGAUACUGAUAAUUAAUUUGUUAAGAAGAUUGUCUAAAAAGAGGCUGAUUUAUAAAAUGGAGAAUUAAAAAUACCUUAAACUAAUAUUGAUUAAUCAGGUUUAAUUUUAGCAAGACCAGAUUCAUUUGCUCCAGCAACUGAUAUUAUUGCUAAUGAUAAAUAUAUUAUAUAUAUGGAUGUGCCAGGCAUUAAUGAAGAAGAUAUUGAAAUGUAUAGAUAAAAUGUUGUUACAAUUGUAAAAGGAAAUAGAAAGAAACCCUAUUAAGAAGAGUAAAGUGAUCACAUAAAAAAAUAAGAGAGAAAAUAUGGAGAAUUUACAUUAAGUUUUAGAAUACCAGAAAACUUCGAACGAAAAUGGAAGCAUUUUGGUAUUGAAAAUGGUGUGUUGAAAAUAGUAUAUGAAAAAGACAAGGAUGAUAUCGUUCCUAAUAAAUUUUUUAAUCAAAAUGAAUGA